AUGACUGACCGAUACGUCGCUAUACAUGGAGCUGCCAACGGUCCUGGUGAUGCUCGACCCACGGCCGAGCAAAUCAUCAAAGACGAAAACCUUGAAGGAAAACUCAACGACCACGUUGUCUUGCUCACCGGCUGUUCAGCAGGUAUUGGCAUUGACACUGCCAAAGCGCUUUACCUCACUGGAGCGACCCUAUACCUCACCGCCCGCAACCUGGACAAGGCCAAAACAGCAUUGGGGGAUCUUGUACAAGAUGACCGCGUUCAUCUCCUUGAGUUAGAUCUUGAGUCACUCGACAGCGUUCGAUCGUGUGCUGCCAAGUUCCUAUCAGAAAGCAAGAAACUCAACAUAUUAAUCUGCAAUGCUGGUGUCAUGUGCACUCCAGAGGGACGGACCAAGGAAGGCUUUGAGACUCAAUUUGCGACCAACCAUCUUGCUCACUUCUUAUUAUUCAACCUUUUGCGACCUGCAUUACAAAAGGGCCUGAAACCGGACCGCGCAGCACGAGUUAUUAUGCUUUCCUCACUUGGUCAUCGCUUUGGAGAACCAGACUUCAACAAUAUCAACAUGGAAGGCUGUUACGAUCCCCACAAGGCCUACGUACAAAGCAAGACCGCUAAUCUCUGGACUGCUAACGAGAUCGAACGGCGAUACGGCUCCGAGGGCAUCCAUGCUUGGAGCGUUCAUCCGGGUGCUGUAUUGACUGACUUGGGAAGGCACCUAUCCGAAGAGCAAAAGAGCAGCCUGGGUGGAGACCCGUACUUGAACAGUGUGUGGAAGUUUUCGCCGCAGGGUGCUGCGACGACUGUUUGGGCUGCGACAGCCGAGGCUUUAGAAGGGCAGGGCGGAAGGUAUCUUGAAGAUUGCCAAAUUAUUGGCAAGUGGGAUCCGUCAACUUCGUUAUACGAACCUGGUUAUGGGGAUCAUGCGUAUGAUGAAGGCAAGGCGAAGACAUUGUGGGAGAAAUCAGUAGAAUGGGUAGAAUUAUAG